UGACAAGGCGUGCAUUCUGUAUCAUAGGUUGAAGGUCUGAGCUGCUAAAGCAUUAGACUGGACCAGACAUCAUCAGGAGUGGAUAAGGGAAGCUGAGAGGAGAUUGUCUCCGUACUGGAUUACCGGAGUGUCCGAAAACAUUUCCAACACUGAGCCAGAUACUUGAACCAGUGUCAGACACAGAUCUGGGAUAACUAAAUUCAGAACCAAGAGAACACAACAGAAUUUAUUAUAGAGCUGUUGUGCUGGAAACUAUUACACUGAAUGAAAAAAAAAAAAAGCUCAACGCCAACUAUUUAUUGUAGACGGAUGAAAGAAUAGAUGUUUGAAAGGAAACAUCCAGAUUCAUCUGCGAUCAACCUGUGGGCUGUGGACACGUUUCUAGUGCUAGCAACCCAAUAUUAACAAACCUUGAAAAUUAAGUCAGUGGAAUACACCUCUAUUUUAAAGAUAUUUUUUUGUGAAGCUCUUUUAAUGAGAAAUGGAUCAUUGCCACAAUACAAUCAGAAGGAUAAGCAUUGAUUUGGUACUGGGCAAGACACAAAUCUCAUCUUGAAAAAAAGUUUUAAACCUUCAUCUUAAAUAAACUCCUUUAUAGACUCAUUCACAAGACUUCAUAGCUUCAGUGUAAGUAUAUGAUUGCAAAAAAGUCUGCCAUUUAUUAGAAGUGAGAAAGGUAUUCCAGAAAGAAACCAAAAAAAAUCGGUAAAAUGAAUAACUCAACAGAAAUGACAAAGGAAGAGUGCAUCCUUAACCAAGUGGUACUGACACGAGUCCUGCCAAGUCUAUACACCAUUAUUUUCUUUGUUGGCAUUUGUCUUAAUGGGUUGAAUUUAUGGAUUUUUUGCUACAUCCCCAGUGACAGGAGCUUCAUUGUUUACCUGAAGAACAUUGUCGUUGCUGACCUCAUAAUGACCAUUACAUUCCCAGUGAAGAUACUGAGUGACGCGAAAAUAGGUCAUGAGAUGUUGUACAUAGUAGUCUGCCGUUUUUCUCAAGUGGUUUUUUAUUUGAACAUGUACAUCGGUAUUUUGUUUUUGGCCAUUCUCGGCUUUGAUAGGUACUACAAGAUUGUAAUGCCAAUGCAAUCAUCUUCUUUCCAGACAGUCAGCUUUAGCAAAUUCAUCUCAGCUGGUAUAUGGAUAACAAUGGCUAUUAUUACAGUUCCUAAUAUGAUUCUAACGAACAAGCCUUCUUCUGGAACUGGCAAAACAAACUGUGCCCAGCUAAAAAGUCCACUUGGUGUACAAUGGCACAAGGCAUCAAACUAUAUUUGUAUAGCUAUAUUUGUGUUUGUGUUCUGUUUACUCGUUGUGUUUUAUCUCUCUAUUUCAAGAAAGAUCUAUAAAUCCCAUCAAAGAUUGAGAAGAAAUUCAGAUGCAAGGAGAGCAUCCAAGAGAAACAUAUACAGCAUUCUGUUUGUUUUCUUUGUGUGCUUUGUCCCCUAUCAUGUUUGUCGAAUUCCAUACACCUUAAGUCAGACUGGCUCUAAUUACAGCUGUCAAGUCCGCAACACCUUGUUCUAUAUCAAAGAAAUUACAUUGCUGAUGUCGGCAUCUAAUGUCUGCCUGGACCCUGUCAUUUAUUUCUUUAUGUGCCAACCAUUUCGAAAAAGGCUCUUUGAAAAAUUACAUAUUAACAACAGCAUCCAAGAGACUGAAAGAACAGUAAGAAUUUCUUCCACUCGGAUAUUAUAAGCUGUUAUUGCAAUAUUGAGCACUUUUGGACCUUUUAGGUGAAACUGCCCAUAACGUAUUAUACAGAUGUGUCUUGGUUUAACAUGGACAUAUGUAUAUAUUUUUCUAAUAUGCACAGAAUCUGACACAGCCUUC